AUGGAUGAUCUCGAAGACCACCUUGACGACCUCCUGGACGGUGGCGAGAUGGAGGCUAGGAUUGGAAACACGAUUGGAGCCGCUAGGCUGGUGGCGCCGGCGGCUUGGAAGGCGAACCAGGACGUCUGCUCCGAGUUUCUCGGGAAGCUGGACGGUGGUAGUUUUACGACUGCUAUGGUGUCUUCGGAAUGCCCUCUCCUUGCUACCGGGAUUUGGGAGGCGAUCCUCGUGGAGGUGCUGGACCGCGUGCUCCCCUUAGCAGGGCGACACUGCGAGACGGAGACAGAAGCACACAGGGCGAGGGUCGCUUUCGCCGAGCGGGUGGUUGGUGUGCUGGGGUUGCGUCGCAGCAGCCUUGUGACCCUGCCUGGUGAAUCAUGA